AUGAGUGUUAUAUUUAAUAUCAUUAUAAUAAUUUUAAUUUGUUCAACAAGUGGCUUAGAAGAUGAGGAUGAUGUUGAAAUUGUUCUUCUGCCCGUUCAAAAUUCAAACACUAAACAUGAGGUUCCAUUACGUUUUACGGUAUUUGGUCAGACAAUGGAACUACUAUUAAAGAGAAACGACAAAUUAUUAUCGCCUCAUUUCCAUGUUUGGAGACACACAAAUUCUAGUUUACUGGAAAAAGUUCCAGAAUUAAGUUCGCCAGCUUCUUGUUACUAUUUACAUAGAGAUGAUUAUAAAUCUGCUGCAAUUAAUUUUUGCGAAGAACGAAAAACGCAAGGAAUUAUUUUUUUGGAAAAUAUGGCUCUGGAAAUAACGCCUGUUCACAACGAAGAAUCAUAUGAUCGAAUUUACGAUCGCUCACAAAUUUCACAGGAACCACACAUUUUUAAAAGAUCCUAUGGCCCAAACAGACCAAAUUUAGAAUUUAGCAACAAUAUUCCUCUCGAAAGAGAUAUUUCAUAUGGAGACGUAAAAAGAAAAAAUCUCACAAUGGAACUGGCAGUAUUUUUUGACGAACCAGGUUAUAGAAUUUUUUCUCCAUUUUUUGAGAAAGAUGACAUCAAAUUAAGAGACAUGUUAUUAGCCUAUAUAAAUGGAGUACAAGCUGCUUAUCAUCAUCCAAGCCUAGGUGUAAAAAUGAACAUUGUAUUGGUACGCCUAGAAAUAAUGCAAAAACAGCCGACUGAUUUACCCCAUUUUAACGGAGAAAGGGGUGGUUUAUUAGAAUCAUUUUGCCGAUAUUCAAAAAAUCAUAAUCCUUCCGGUGAUUCGAAUCCCAAUCAUUGGGAUAUUGGAUUAUACGUGUCAGGAUUAGAUUUUCAUGUCGUAGAAAAGGGAAGGAAAAAUAGUGUCACAAUGGGACUUGCGACUGUUGGUGGAAUUUGUAUUGAUAAUUAUGCUUGUGUUAUUGCUGAGUUUGGGGUCACUAACAAUUUUGGAAAACCCUAUCCUUCAGCUGGAUUCACAUCAGUUUACAUCGCAGCUCACGAAAUUGGUCACAACCUAGGAAUGCAUCACGAUUCAACUCAGAAUUCCUGUCCAAAAAACGGAUUCAUCAUGUCACCAAGCCGUGGGACAGUUGAUGGAGAAACAAACUGGUCACCAUGCAGCCAAGAGGUGGCAAUGAAACUUUUCGAGACAAAAUCUUGUCUAUUAGAUGACUCUUCAUCUUCAAUCGUCGACGAGAGCCUGAAUCAUUCUCGUUACUCAGACUUGCCAGGUAGAGAAUGGCAUGCCAAAAAACAGUGCGAAUUAUUCCUGCGGGACCAGGAUGCUGUCGUUCCGAGUUUAUACAAUGCUUGCCAAUCCUUACAAUGCAGGAGUCCACACAAAUCGGGAUAUUAUUUAGCUGGACCAGCUUUGGAAGGAACCAACUGUGCUGAAGGCAAGGAAUGUCGGGGUGGUCAGUGUCUUCCAGUUUUGGACAUUCCAUCAGAGACUGGAGAUAUCGUAGAAGGCGGUUGGAGCAACUGGAAAGAAGAGUCUUGCAAAAGUGGUUGCAUCCAAGGUUCUCAAGGCUUCCGUACAAGAAGAAGGUCCUGCGACAAUCCUCCCCCGAAGAGCAAUGAAAACUGCAAAGGUUUCUCCUUCGACAUCCAACUCUGCAAUGAUGAGAAACUCUGCAAAAAGAAACGCAAACCAGUGACUGAAUUUGCGACCGAAAAGUGCAGUUUGUUCAGCGAAAAGUUACCGGAACUGGAUGGAAGAGGAAGUGGUCUUCAGGCUCCUCAUGAAAUUGAAAGGCCGUGGAUGGCUUGCGCCAUAUUUUGCAGACGCAAAGAUAUUGCUUCCUACUAUACGCCACGUAUAGAAUUAAACGACCUUGGCCUUGACCCCUAUUUUCCAGAUGGAACCUGGUGUCACAGGGCAGAAGGUCAGAACUAUUUCUGUCGAGAGCAUCAUUGUCUGCCGGAAAAUUUCAGAUUUGGGAGAAUAUUUCCAGCUGAUGGAAAAAACGAUUACAUGAACCUUGGUCCUCAAAAUGCCUAUCCUGGAGAAAGAAAACUUCCUGAGGAUUUGAUUAAGUAUCUGAGUCUCGGAUUGGAUGGGAAACCUCUUCUGAAAAAUUUGCCGCCCGACAUUUUGGCUCCACCGGAUGCUGACUGGACCGAUCAUGAUUAUCUCGAACUUCCGGAAUCUGCUGAGAAAAGGAAUUUUGGAAAUUCGGAAGAAAAAAAGGAUUUUAAAUCUAUUUUCUUUGCUUGAUUGAGAUUGGACUCAUACUCAACUCAAUAAUAGGAAAUUACCAAACUUGAAAUAUGAUAAAGUAAAAAGGAUCUUUAGCCAUUCUCGGGUUUGUAACCAGAAAGUCUGGGUUCGAUUCCUGCUAGCUGCAUUUUUUAUGCAUUUCUAACCAUUUUUUUCAACUUUUACGACUGUAUUUGUUAAUUAACCCUUAAAGUACAUUGUGGGUGUGAGAGACCCCAAGCAAUUUUUGAACUCUUAUAAACCAUACUUAAUUCGAAAAAAUUUAGUGAGUGUCGCCAUCUAGCUUUAGGUGGAGAUACUAACUGUAAGUAAAGUCCUUUGGUAUAUUGUGUCAAUAAAAACAUCGAGGGGUAUCUAACACCCAGUGUGCACUUAGUGAGUGAAAAAGUAAUUUUGCAGCCAUUUUUUUUUAAAUUUUAUUGAUUUUUCUUUACUGUCUAACGUAAGUAUAUCAUAUGAAGUGAAAUAAUUUUUUUUCGAUUAUUUCAUACUUUUUUUCUUUGUAGAUGGCUUAUAACAUACGGCAGCACGUAAUGCUAGAACAGACUGUGGAUGUGUUGAAUAAAAUAUAAUUGUUAAAAUACAGUUAUAUAUGUAUCUUUUUUCAAUUUCUUGUAUUUUUACAAUAUUACAU